ACACCCUCAUUCAACAGGCACUGAGGAUACAAUUUAGCCUACAUGUACAGUUUCAGCGCGUCUAUACCGAUUUUUUUUUCUAUUGAAAUUUUUUGGAUUUAGUUAAAGGAUAACACUGCAGGGAUUUGGAAAGGAGAUGCAUCAUCUUUGGGGAUGUUGAUGAGUUUAAGUCGCGCGCUAUGGUGCACAGACGCACAUCCUCUCUUAUACUAGGCUCUAGCUUCUCAGUUCGUAGAUCAGACUCUUGAAUCAACCCAAGCUUUGAAUAUACUCGGGUAUACAGAGAAGAGGAUGGCAGCUCCACUUAACGGAUCCAACAUUACAGCGAACUACACUAACCAGUUUGUUCAGCCGCCGUGGCGCGUGGCUCUCUGGUCCGUUGCUUACAGCGUGGUGCUGGCGGUGGCGGUGUUUGGAAACCUCAUAGUGAUAUGGAUCAUCCUCGCCCACAAGCGUAUGAGGACUGUGACGAACUACUUUCUCUUAAACUUGGCGUUUUCGGACGCGUCCAUGGCCGCGUUUAAUACUUUGAUAAACUUUAUCUACGCUGCUCACGGGGAGUGGUACUUCGGUGAGGCGUACUGCAAAUUCCACAACUUCUUCCCUGUAACAUCGGUGUUUGCGAGCAUCUACUCCAUGACUGCCAUAGCUGUGGACAGGUACAUGGCCAUCAUUUAUCCCCUGAAGCCCCGUCUGUCGGCGAAAGCCACCACAGGAGUCAUCGUGUGUAUCUGGAGUCUGGCCGUGGUUCUGGCCUUCCCUCUCUGCUACUUCUCCACCAUCCGAACUCUGCCCCGCAGGACCCUCUGCUACGUGGCCUGGCCCCGAAUGGCAGACGACUCCUUCAUGUAUCAUAUCAUAGUGACAGUUCUGGUGUACGUGCUGCCUUUAGGGGUGAUGGGCAUCACUUACACCAUCGUGGGAAUGACUCUGUGGGGAGGGGAGAUCCCAGGAGACUCAUCUGAUAACUAUCAUGGACAGCUCAGGGCUAAACGUAAGGUGGUGAAAAUGAUGAUCAUCGUGGUGGUGACCUUUGCCCUCUGCUGGCUGCCUUAUCACAUCUACUUCAUCGUGACAGGUCUCAACAAGAGUCUGAACAAGUGGAAGUACAUCCAACAGGUUUAUCUGUCAGUGCUGUGGCUGGCAAUGAGCUCCACUAUGUACAACCCCAUCAUCUACUGCUGCCUCAAUAGCAGGUUUCGUGCUGGUUUCAAGCGAGCAUUUCGUUGGUGCCCAUUCAUCAAGGUAUCCAGCUAUGAUGAGUUGGAACUACGAACCACGCGGCUGCACCCAACACGCCAGAGCAGCAUGUGCACGCUGUCACGGAUGGAUACCACCGUGGUGGUGGUUUACGAUCCGGUGGAGGGCAAUGGCAGUGCUGUGGGUGGCUCUGGGAGGAAGCACUCCACAGCAUCCAGGAAGAGAAGCUAUAUCACGUCUCGCCACUCAGAGAUCAGCGGGUGUAAUGGAGGCAGCACGAAAACGCAAAAUGGAGAGGCUCAGGUCAUUCAAACAGAAGAGUUCUCCUGAAGGUUGACCCCACAGACUUUCGCUCAUGUGUAUGAAAUGUGUUCACAUGCAUAACCCUCUUUACAUACAAACAGUGCAUGUCAUGUUUGCACAAUUUAGACUUAGUGGCAUUGUGGAAGUGUUUGCUUUUAACAUGCAGAGAAUAAUCACAUAUGGCUGUGAAUGGAUUACCAAGCAGGAUAAGUCAUAGCAGAGGCCCCGGGACCAUGAGCCUUUUCGGAGCAAGUGUUUCCAGCAGCCAACAACACAAUAUUGAUUGGCAUAUACAUAUUGGCAAUACUGAGUGAAAUCCAAAUUAAUUUCAUUAUAUGUAAUCAUAUAGUUGUAUAAUAAAGUAAUAUAGUUUAUGGUCCUGAAAACAAGACUCAAUAACAUUUAUAUGAUAUCUGCGAGGAGUGGUGUCAGGAUCUGGGCUUACAAGGGUUUUGCGGGCAGCAGAUCAAAAUAGGCGGCAGCAUCAGGUGGAUUUGUGAAUCAUACAGGUGCUCCUCUGUCCUCAUGCUUUGGCAACAACUAUGAUGUUUAUUUGUACAUGAAAAAAAAAAAAUCAACAGGACAGGAAAUAAUCGUAUGGCUUAAGUUUGGGCGUUGCAGACUUGGUGAAAUGGUGUUCAAAGCCACUUAUCCCUAUCAAACAACAUACAAACUGAACAAUGCCCAACUUGUUACAGUAUGUUGGUAUCCAGCCAAAGCAGUUUGCCUUUGACUGGUAUUUUCCCGGUUUUCCCCUUAUUCCACAGGGUCCUUGUGUAUAAAUAAAAAGCUUUACAUAGCUGUUCAUUCUUCUUCAGGCAAACAUUCAGCUCAGAAUGAGAUUAGUAUUUCAACACAGUCCCCACUUUCACAUCACCUAUAGUGAACCUAAUCCAAUUUAUAAGAGGACUUUGAGACCAUCUCACAGCAGAGAUAAUCUGGAGACAUGUCAUGGUGGUAGUAAUUAUGUAAAUAUAUGACAAAUUGAGUACUCAUGUAAGUAGAGCUGUGACCUAGUGUAAAAGAUAGGAUGCUCUCUGCAUAUUUUUAUUUUCCCUGCAGAAGGAUAUGUGCGCCUGCAGAGAACCACCAAUGGAAAAACUAUUAAUUGAACUCUGUUCGUGUGUUCAUUAAAAGCACAGUGAUUGACUUCCUGUUGUGUAACAUUUGAAAAUAACGUCUAUCCUGGUAACUGGCAGGAAGCCAGAGGCAAAAUCCAGUACACAUAGAUAGCAGAUCGAUAAAGAGGCUGCUGGAGAAAUGAGGGGUUAGUUGGUCACUGUUGCUCAUUUUUCAUUCUUAACUUGGUAAAACCAAAACACAACAACAAAAGAACUGCUAAACAAUGAAGUGCAAUCAGUUUUUGAUGUUCUUACAUAUUGCAGUUACACUGUGUAGCAUCUUGAUUCAAUUCUGCUUGUAUAUGCAUAUACCGUUAAAGCCUCACUGAGCUGAAUGCAGGGCUGUUCUGUGUGGGGUUUACAAUAUGAUGAGAGCAACAGCACUGUUGGGGUAGGAUUAUAUGAACCCUUAAAAAAAGGUCCCCCUGAAUAUAUAAAGAGUUACACACAAACAUGAUCACCAAUGAGGAUGUGAAAACCUUUAGUGCAUGUGCUCAUGAGUGUUAGCUCAAUUUGCUUACCAUUAGUGUCUUGGUUAUUGUUCUUCUUCGAAGAUCAGGCAAGUUGAAAAUAAAUAUUUGGGUUUUUUUGUUAUUACAUAUGUAUUUUGGUAUCACAGACAUUCGUUUUACUUAAUAUGGAAGAAAAAAAAGACCAAAAAAAAUAGCUUAAUUCUUCUAUAGUAGAUAAGGCAUACAUACAAAGAAAUAGUUGUCCUUAAAUAUUGUUAGAAACUAUUCUGAAUGUUCAGACUUCAUGAAGUAUUAACUAAAGAAUGUGAAAAGAUGUGCAUUAAUGUAUUUUAAGCUGCUAUCUAUACUCUUGAUAUAGAAGAGUUUAAAUAUAUGUGUGGUAUUCUACUUUUUAAAUGUUAUCUCUGUAUACUUGUUUGUGAAUGUGUAGUAACAAUGUGUGCCUCUUUCUAUUGUCACGUUUGACCUCAUUAUUUCUUGUGUCUUAAAAAGGUUUAAUUGUUAAAUUCUGAGGCUGUUUUAGACUUUCUCGCUGUCUGUCCUUUUGACAGACAGGGCCAUAAAAUCUCCAUCAUGUUAUUUUUAUUUCUGUUUCAUCACUGGAUGUCUCUCAACAAACUGAAAUCACAACCUCUGAUCAACCACUAUCUUUAUUAAAGAAACAAGCACCUGACAAAAAACAACAGCACUCAACAUUGUUAAGGUACAAUUACAUAGUUGUGUACUUGUGAUAGUAAAGUACGGCUAAUGCUGGCUAAUGCUAAUUGAACUACUCUGUUACUGUGGUGUGCUUAUGCUAGUGCUAGCUUGAACCCCUGUUGGCUCACUUCCAAGAGUAUGUUAGCUUUAGCUUAUGAAAGCGUUAUCUCCAUUUAAGCAGAGCAAGGCAAGCUUAUUUAUACAGUACAUUUUGGAACAAAGGCAAAGUGUUUCACACAAGACAUUAAAAUAAUCUUUACAAAAGGUUAAAAAAAACCAUUGAAAGGAAACAUUCC